AUGCUUGACAAGAUAGAGAGUCACCCCAAUCACAUACCUAACCUAGAUUGGAACUCUAUCAACGUCAGCUACCUUAAAUCCCAUUUGUCUCCUAAAUCUAAAUAUUAUAUUUGGAGAAACUCUUCAAAUGCCCACAUCAAUUUUGGUGAGGGUAAAAGUUUCUGUCAUGAUUGUAACACAGAAUCUGACCUUAAUCACUAUAUUCAUGAAUGCCCUGCUCUGGAUAGUGCCAGAUACUUUUGCUUGUCAAAAAUAUCUGAUAUUCUUGAUCAGAGAGAGUGUAAACUCACUCAUAUUCAAUUCAGACCAGAAAAGCAUCACCAUGUACUCUUCUUCCACCAUUCUGGAACCACAUUCUUCGAAGAUGGAUACGUACAACAAUACCCAGACAUUGCAGAGAAAUGGCCUGAGAUUCAGGGAGCCAUUUCUAACUUUGUCGGCCGCUCCUAUAGAUAUUAUUAUAUUGACUCAAUGUAA